GGUGCGGUGCUACGUUGGUGCGGUGUGUGGUGACGAGGUACUGCUUUGGUGGCCGGUGGUUCGGUGAACGAUAACUAGCUCACCAACAAGAGUUGCAGUCGCCUCCUUCAUGCGAUGAGCGAAUCCAUAUCGUCUUUAGUCCUUUCGGACAUUCAGGCGGCAUGCAGUACACUAGGAGGAUGGGAUGAAGGCAAAUACUACAAGGAACCUGAUUGCAUAGAAAGCCUGAAGGAUCUCUUGAGGUAUCUGAGGCGAGAUGACGAGUCCCAUGAGAUCCGGCGCAUCUUGGGCCGCAUUCAAGUUCUUAAAACGGAUCUCCUGCCCCUGCUCAAGUUUUAUCCUGACGACGAAAGCCUGUUCGAUGUCAUCAUAAGGUUGCUUGUUGACCUCACAAAUCCGGCCAUAUUGCUGUACAAGGAAGAACUUCCAGUCGAGAAGUUUGCCAGGAACAACUACUUGGAGAUUGUAUCCCACCUUCAGUCGUACAAGCUGGCCUUUACUGAUUCAAAAGUGUGGAUUUCUAUCACUAAAAAGCUUGAGGCUCUUCUGCACAAAAAUUGGGAAACACGACAGGAGGAAGACAAGGACAUGAUUGAGCGCAUCCUUGUCCUGGUUAGGAAUGUCCUUCAUGUGCCCGCCAACCCAUCCGAAGAAAAGCGCACAGAUGAUGAUGUAAACGUACACGACCAAGUUCUUUGGGCAAUGCAUCUUGCACAUCUUGAAGAUUUGUUACUCUAUGUCACCAGCAGUGAUGAUGAAACGGACUACUGCUUUCAUUGUUUGGAAAUUUUGUCCUUGAUGCUGCGAGAACAGUCCCCAGAAGUCCUGGCAAGAGCUGAACAGCCAAGGACUGCCGCUGAGAAAGAUGAAGAUGUCCGGGAACUUCUUAAAGCCAGGGAAAUGGAGCUCGCAAGAAAGAAAAUGCAAAUACAGGCUAGGACAAAGAGGCACCCUCGCUUUGGUGGAACGUUCACCGUGAAAAACAUGAAAGGCAUUGGUGACAACAACUUAGUUGCCCACGACACUUUAUCGAAGCUUUCUCACUUGAGCUUCGAUCGAUCCAAGCCGUUCAAGGCCAAGCCCAAAAACAGAAGGCCUGUCCUGGCUGCCGAUGAUGUUAUGAGGAGGUCCACCUUGAACAUUCGGCUGUUCCUGAAAGGUCUCUGCACCGACUUUCUCAAGUGGUGCUACAAUCCCAUGAUGCGAACAGUCAAGAGCUUCCUGCAACGUAAGAAAGGCCUGGCACAUGACGAAGGCUAUUACUUCUGGGCAUUGAAGUUCUUCAUGGAGUUCAAUCGUCAUAACGGCUUCGAUGUCAGCCUCGUCAGUGAGACCAUAUGCAAGGAGGCAUUCCACUAUGUGCAGACGGAGCUUGAACAGUAUUAUGAAAUGAUGGUCACUGACAAGCGCAAAAUUCACAUCUGGUCAAAAAGGCUCCACGUAGGCUUGAAAGCUUAUCAGGAGUUGCUGCAAACCCUUGCUGCCAUGGACAGCAGCCCCGAACAAACUGUGCAAGAAGCCGCCAAAGUUCUGAAAGGAACAAUCUUCUACCUUCCCGAGUACAGAGAAAUCGUUCUGCACCUUCUGUUGAACUUCAAUGAAUGCGUGCAACCUAUCUCCUACCUUCGGGACUUGGUGGAAAUGGUUCACGUCUAUGUCAAGAUGCUUCAACACUUUGCCAAAGGUCACAGACACAUUAUAGUGAAGGAAAAGACCAAGGCAAAGAAAAAGGCAAAGAAGCAGAUGCCAAAGGAGACUAGUGCAAGCGCUGCUGUCAGUGAAGAAGUACGGCAACAGGAAUGGCUUGAAGUGUCAUCUGGGAUUUCCUUGGCUCUUCAAGGCGAAGAGGAGCUGCCUGAUGACGUCGUUCCCUACGACUCAACAUUGGACAACACUGAAAAUGAACAAAAGCUUGAUGCUUUGUCCCGCAUCCAUGCUGCACUUAAGGCCAGGGAAACAGCCAAGGCAGUGGCAUUGUUGCGAGCAGGCCAAGAGCUGUGGCCAGGCCAGGACAUGUUUGGAUCUCAAGAGGAAGGAACCGAGUUUCAGGCCCUCAAGGAGAUCUUCUUUGCCAACAUGGCAGGUACCGCGCCUGACGCAUCUACGGCUGGCGAGAAUCAGACUGCUGAAGCAAAUGAAGAGGAGGAGGAGGAAGAACAGUACAACUCGGACAGGGAACAAGAGUUUCACUUCGACGAUUUCAUAAAACGGUUCGCCAGCCCGAAAGUGGUGAUCGCCUACUGCAAGCUUCUCUCCCACUACCGAACCAACUCACCGGCGACGAAUCAGCAAGUGCUGCGCAUGUUGCACCGCCUCGCCUGGGACCUCAAGAUGUACCCGAUGCUCUUCCAAGCCAGCGUCUUCAAGACCUUCCAGAACAUCAUGCACGACUGCUACUCGCUCCCUAAGGAAAGAGUCGAUGGCACUCUUAAGGAACUGGCUCGCCUGGCGACAUUUGUCGUGCGAAAGUUCGUUGCCACGGCUAAGGAAAACAAGAUUGUGUUCGCCGAGUUGCUGUUCUGGAAGAAUACGAAGGACGCGUACGAACUGGUUCACGGCUACGGCAGCGGAUCAAAGAAACCCAGCAAAGUUGCUUGGACUGAAGAGCAAGUCUACGAACUCAAGGUUCUCUACGAACGUUACAAGGAGGAGAUGACACCAGACAAGGACGUCGUCGAUCUCAUAUUGGAGCACAUGAUCGACGACUCGAGGACACGGCGCAGCGUGCUGUUGCAGCUGAAGCACUUGGGGCUCAUAGAUAACGUCAAGGCUUUUACGAAGAAAGCAAAGGCCAACGCACCUUGGAGAGGUGAAGACGUGAUUGAACUUCGAGAGCUAUUCGAGAAGUACCGGGAAUCGACAGACAUCAUGGGCCAGAUCAUGGAGCACCUCAGCGUCAAGCGACCCCGGCACCGCGUGGUGGACAAGCUUCUCGAGAUAGGUCUCGUGUGCAACCGCGUGGAGCUGCGCAAGAAGCGGGCGCGCACAGGUGGCCGCGGAGGCCGGCAGCAGCGAGGGUCGGAUGACUCCGGCUCUUCCUCCGACGACAACGACGAGCGCAUCUACGAUUUGUUCAAGAGUGGCGAAGACCCUGUGCGCCCAUCCCAGCAAAAGAAUGGCGGCCGUACACCCAAGAACGCUGCUAGCCGACCACCGAAGGACGCGCCAACUUUUCGCACCGUGCCCCGAACGGAAGUUGCUACGUCACCGGAAGCACUCAGGAGCGUUCUCUCCAAGCUGGUGGAAACAGGCUGCCAGGAGAGCUUGGAGUGGCUGCUCUCAUCUCUGGAGGAUGCGCUCGAGGAUUGGGACUCCGAAGAUCCUUCCUCCGUGCCCCUGGUGCCCAUACUCGAGACGCACCAUUCGUCAAUGGAGAACAGCGAUUUCUGCAGCUUGCUUCGUACAAUGGGAAUCCAGCCACCUGCGGACGAACAGGAAGCAUAUUGGCGCAUUCCCGCCGACAUGACGACCACCAUGCUCAACUCCCGGGUCACCGUCAUCAAGAAAGCGCUGGAGGGCGACUAUGGCGCGCCACUCUUGGUCGUGGGUUCGGCGUCAAACGAAGCGGCUCCCGAACUCAUCUCGACAGAUUCAGAUUCCGAUGGCCCUUCGCUGGUGAUCGACGAAGACCGCGAAGCGUCUGCCACGAGUGCACGAAUUCCGAAGAACAAGUUAAAGCACCGCGAGGCAUUGCAAGCGCUUUUGCAGAAGAAGAGAGCGCGCCAAGACGACUCGUCCGACACGGACUCCGACGAAGUGGGCUUCGCUCGCAGGGACCAGCGGAAGCGGAAAAGGCCUCGUGCCCGGGACACCAGAGAGAUCGAAGGAGGCAUCGGUAGUACAACCGGAACCAACGAACGCCGUUCCGACGGCGGCAUAAGCGGAGACGAGCUUCCAGCCAGCUCACCCGCUGGGACGGCUUCCAGCAAUGCCGACGGAGGAAGAACGCCCCCUUUACCUACUACUACGGCCGAACCAAUCAAGAAGCGGAAACGAGCGACGCUGGUGGUGGACAGCGACGAAGAACGCGAAUCGUCCAAGCGUGCCCAACUGGUGGACGUCGACUCCGAAGACGUUGGGCCUCUCGUCAUCGCAGACGACGAAACGGCAUCUGGCGCUGGCAGGGCCGGCAAGGGCGGUCGCCUGGUCGUACUCGACGAUAGCGACGACGAGGAGGUCGUGGUCAACGCGUCCGGCGCCGUCGCUGACAGGGGCGUUGCGAACGGCGACGCCGGCUUCAACGGCGCUUCGGUAGACGUCAUCGAUCUGGACGAUGGAAGUGAGACAAGUGACAGGACAAGGCGGAGCUCUGAGAGUCUAACUCGAUCCGAUAGUCUCGGAGGCUCGCGUGAAAGCAGGAAGGAAUCGUCGGCUGUCGUUGAGGACGGAGGUAGCGGGAGCGACGCCGAAAUCAUCGAAGACGCCCCCAUCCGGCCUCCCGUUAGCAAGCCAGCCAAGGCCAGAAGGGCUGUCGUCAUUAGCAGUGACGAAGAGGAUUAGGAGCUGAAACUGGAAUACAAACUCACACAUCAUAAUGUUAUCCAACUUGCAUUUUUCUAUGACCAUUUUAUAUAUUUUAUCUACGUGGCAUCUGCGAAGAUACUUUUUUUUUUAACAAGUGACAUAAGGCAGUGCCUUUUAUCAAUCAUCCUUUCCUAUAUCAAGAUGUGCUGUUGACGUGUUUUAUGCAAAUGCUACGCAGUUUAGAAGCGCUUUUACAAUAAAAGAUGACCU